UACACGGGCAGGGCCGCAGCUCCCUCAGGAGACUCCAUUGUUUUCCCGCGGCUCGGAACGAGGGCCCCGGGCUCGGCACUUGGCCCCUGGUUGCCUGGUUAACGUGUAGGAGCCCUGGGAUAGAAGUGCUGGUGCCCGGUGACCCCCUCGGCGGGAGCCGCCACGCCCUGCUACCGGGAGCCCGGACUCGGGGCCUGGUCGUCGGUUGCUGUGCGGGUGUAGGCUUCCUUUCCCCGGUACUAGGGCUGCACUGCCUGGAGAUGAAUCAGGGCGGUCUCCGGCCGAUGUAACAUAAUGGGUGUGGACUUUGAUGUGAAGACAUUUUGCCACAACUUGAGGGCCACUAAACCUCCCUAUGAAUGUCCAGUAGACACCUGCAGAAGGAUCUAUAAAAGCUACAGUGGGAUUGAGUAUCACCUUUACCAUUACGACCAUGACAACCCACCGCUCCAACAGCAUACACCCAUCCGAAAAUCCAAAAAGAAGGGCCGGCAGCCUCGUUCCACCAACAAGCAAUCGCCUAGUCACUCCGAGGUGUCCCAGUCACCUAGCCGAGAGGUGAUGACCUAUGCUCAGGCCCAGCGGUUAGUUGAAGUGGAGCUGCAUGGAAGGGUGCACCGGAUAAGUAUCAUGGACAAUCUGGAUGUAGUUUCAGAAGACGACGAUGUUCCGGAGGAAGCUCCUGAGAAUGGGUGCAAUAAAGAAAACACAGAGACUCCGACAGCAACUCCUAAAUCAGGAAAACAUAAGAAUAAAGACAAGAGAAAGGACUCAAACCAUCACCAUCAUCACAGCUCGUCCACUGGUACCACGCCAAAGCUUCCAGAGGUCAUCUAUCGGGAGCUGGACCAGGACACUCCAGAUGCUCCUGCUCGUCCUUCCUCUUAUUACAGGUACAUUGAGAAGUCUGCAGAAGAGCUGGAUGAAGAAGUUGAGUAUGACAUGGACGAGGAGGAUUACAUCUGGCUUGACAUCAUGAAUGAAAGGCGAAAGACCGAAGGAGUCAACUCCAUCCCACAGGAGAUCUUUGAGUACUUAAUGGACAGACUGGAGAAGGAGUCGUACUUUGAGAGCCAUAACAAAGGGGACCCAAACGCGUUAAUAGACGAGGAUGCCGUGUGCUGUAUCUGCAACGAUGGGGAAUGUCAGAACAGCAAUGUAAUAUUGUUUUGUGAUAUGUGUAACCUGGCUGUGCACCAGGAGUGCUAUGGGGUGCCUUACAUCCCUGAGGGACAGUGGCUUUGCAGGAGGUGUCUCCAGUCACCUUCCAGAGCUGUAGAUUGUGCACUGUGUCCUAACAAAGGAGGCGCAUUCAAGCAAACAGAUGACGGCCGCUGGGCCCAUGUGGUCUGUGCUCUCUGGAUCCCUGAGGUUUGCUUUGCUAACACAGUCUUCCUAGAACCUAUAGACAGCAUUGAACAUAUUCCACCGGCCCGCUGGAAGCUGACGUGCUAUAUCUGCAAACAGCGUGGCUCAGGGGCUUGUAUACAGUGUCACAAAGCAAACUGUUACACGGCCUUUCAUGUUACGUGUGCUCAGCAGGCCGGACUUUACAUGAAAAUGGAACCUGUGCGGGAAACGGGAGCCAAUGGCACUUCUUUCAGCGUACGCAAAACGGCCUACUGUGAUAUCCACACACCCCCUGGCUCUGUCUGCAAACUCCCUGCCCUCUCGCAUAGCGAAGGCGAGGAGGAAGACGACGAAGAAGAUGAUGAGGGGAAAGUCUGGAGUUCGGAAAAAGUGAAAAAGGCAAAGGCCAAGUCAAGGAUUAAAAUGAAAAAAGCCCGGAAAAUCCUUGCAGAAAAAAGAGCUGCGGCCCCAGUUGUUUCCGUUCCUUGCAUUCCCCCACACAGGCUCAGCAAGAUCACCAAUUGCCUGACUAUACAGAGGAAAAGCCAGUUCAUGCAGAGGUUGCACAGCUACUGGACACUAAAGAGACAAUCCCGCAAUGGUGUACCCUUGUUGCGCCGCCUACAGACACAUUUACAGUCUCAAAGGAACUGCGAACAGGAGAUGAAGUGGAGAAUACCUAAAUCUGAUGAUGUCUCUGUUUACCCGGGGGCAGUGUCUAAAUCAAACGAUGAGAACGGGGACCAAACAAUGAAGAAAGACUCCAGUGAUAAUAACUGGAUGCUGAAGGAACAAUUAAAAUCUUGGCAGAGGCUCCGACAUGACCUGGAGCGAGCACGCCUUUUGGUAGAAUUGAUACGCAAGCGAGAGAAGUUCAAGAGAGAAGCGAUUAAAAUCCAGCAGUUGGCUCUUGAGGUCCAGCUAACUCCAUUUCUCAUUCUUUUGAGAAAGACCCUGGAGUUAUUACAGGAGAAAGAUACCAGCAAUAUAUUUACUCAUCCGGUUCCUCUGUCUGAGGUAACAGAACUGUACAAAGUCCCGGACUACCUUGAACAUGUCAAGAAGCCAAUGGAUUUUCAGACGAUGAAGGCUAACCUUGAAGCACUAUGCUACCAAAACUUUGAUCAGUUUGAAGACGACUUUAACCUUAUAGUCAACAACUGCAUCAAGUAUAACUCUAAGGACACCAUUUUCUACCGGGCGGCCGUCCGGCUGCGGGAACAGGGGGCGGCCAUCAUCAGGCAGGCUCGUCGUCAGGCAGAAAAGAUUGGCAUCGACUUUGAGACUGGAAUGCACUUGCCCCAGGUUGGCUCUGGGAAUGAGAUUGUACGUCAUGGCAAAGAGACUGAUACUGAACGUACGGCUCCCUCCGACAGCCGCAAACCUCUCCCUCUGGAAGAACAGCUUAAAGUCCAGCUCGCACGGCUGGACGAGGUCAAUGCAGGCAAGCAGAGCAUAGGAAGGGUGCGUCGGGCCAAGAUGAUCCGGAAGGAGAUUACUUCCAUCCGCCGUAAGAUGGCCCACCGACAAGAGUCCAGAAGGGACGGAGCCAUGGAGCGGCACAGCAUGGCUGGGAGAGGCAACUUGCCUAUGCAUGGCCGUUCCGAGAAGGAUGGACAGACGGACAGUGCUGCAGAAGAGAGCAGCAGUCAGGAGACGGGGAAAGGACUUGGCCCAAACACUUCUUCCACCCCUGCACAUGAAGUUGGUAGAAGGACCUCUGUCCUUUUCUCAAAGAAGAAUCCCAAAACUGCAGGACCUCCAAAGAGACCAGGGAGGCCUCCUAAGAACAGGGAUAAUCAGCUGACCGCAAGGCAGAUCAGCAGUCCCAUCGGACCCCCUCAGCUCUCUAUAAUGGGGGGGUCCCAGAGGCAGCGGAAAAGAGUCCGAAGUCCCCGUCCUACGUCUAGCUCAGACAGUGAGAGUGACAGCGACAAGUCGGCAGAAGAUGCAUCUCUAGAUUUACCCACGAAUGGCUUCGGCAACCAGCAGGUGAAGAAAAGUUUUUUAAUCUACCGCACUGACUGUAAUCUUCCCCGCAGCAGCUCAGACUCGGAGUCCAGCACAACCAGCAGCAGCAGUGCCGCCUCCGACAGAACCAGCACGACUCCCUCUAAGCAAGGACGGGGAAAGCAGUCAUUCUCCAGAGAGAAUUACCACGACUAUAGCAGCGAGGACACGUCGGGCACUGAAAAUGAGUCGUAUUCCAUAGGGAGCCGAGUAGGGCAUGGCUUGGUGCGCAAAGGAAUGGAGGGACGAGGGGCGGGGUGGCUGUCCGAAGACGAAGACUCCACUCUAGAAGCCUUAGACUUGGUGUGGGCCAAGUGUCGGGGAUACCCCUCCUAUCCAGCUCUGAUUAUCGACCCAAAGAUGCCCAGAGAAGGAGUGUUUCACCACGGCGUCCCAAUUCCUGUGCCGCCCGUAGAUGUACUCAAGUUGGGAGAACAAAUGACUCAAGAAGCACAAGAACACCUCUACCUCGUCCUGUUUUUUGACAACAAACGUACCUGGCAGUGGCUUCCCAGAACAAAGCUGGUUCCUCUGGGGAUGAAUCGUGAACUGGAUAAGGAAAAGAUGCUAGAAGGAAGGAAGUCAAACAUUCGUAAAUCUGUUCAGAUUGCCUACGACCGGGCCGUGCAGCACCGCAAUAAGGUUCAGGGUGCACCGAGCAGUGAUACCAGUGAAAGCGAUUAGCCUCUUCCUUCCUCCGGGGCGGCAUAUACUUGUGUCUUACAAACUGUCGCUUUUCUAUAUUGCUGCUAUUACAAUGAGCAAAAAAAAAAAAUUAUGGUAACCAAAAUUGUUACCUUAAAAUGUGUAGAAUUUUAAUCAAGAAACAUAAUGGAGGGCGCCUAGGGCUGACAGUGUAGAUAGGAGAAGCCCUUCUGCCUUCGGUUCUAGUACCCGUUUCUCAGUGGAGGCUAUUAUGGUCGCUGGUUGACCAUCUGAUUACAAGCCAUCUGCUGCAGAUCUUCUUGUAUAUGACUUUUCUAGGACUUCCGGUUAAUUAUGAACAAUACAGAUGACUUUUGUGUUCAUGGAUGUUUUACAUCUGGUUUUCGUCUCAUGGGAAAAUGAAGAUCUAGCCCCUUGAGAUGCCCCAUUUCUUAAAAAAUAGCUCAUAAAGACUGUCCACUCAGAAGAUCGAUGAGGAGGAAGAAUGACAUCCUUACUUCCAGCAAAGUGAGCUGUGUGCAGCAUUUCUGCAGUCCGAACACUACUUUAAAAGGGUUUUCUUGGAUUUUAAUGCUGAUGACCUAUGCUCAAGAUAGGUCCUCAGUAUAUGAUCGGUGGGGGUCCAACCCUGAGACCCUCUCCGAUCAGCUGUUUGAGAAGGCAGCAG